UUCUUACAAUAAUAUAUAGAUUGAAUGAAUACUUUUGACAAAGUUGUUGAGUUUGAUUAUUAAUGCAAUUAUUGGUACCUAUUUAAUCUCCUAACUAAUAAAUACAACAAUCAUAGCCUAAAAAAGAAAAAUACAUAUUUUAUUAAAUUAUAAUAAUUGUAUUUUUUAUUUAAAAAAAUAGUUUAAUUUUUGUUUUGCAUGCAAAUGAUUGCUUUAAUGGCAAAACUUAGGAUAUAUUACUUGUCCAAAAUUAUAAAUAAAGAAUUGCGUGAGGACUUUACUGCAAAGUUUCAGAUAUUUAAGGGGUGUCAAUGCAAUUUCGAGCAACUUUAACACCCUUUGCCAAAAAGUUCCUAACUCCUUUCUGGCUGCACUUAUACAAACAAAGCUUACAGGUCUCCUCCCUUCGUCUCCGACAAACUAGGGUUUUCUUUCCGUUCCGACAGCCGGUGAUUGGUGUCGCUCGGGCUUUCCCUUCAGAAUCGAUGCUUUUCUGUCUCUGAAAAUUUAAGCUGUGGUUGGCUCAUGACUUUGUAGAGAUUCUGGGACAUAACAGAGUCUGUGCUUGUUAUCUGUUGGAGAGAAGUUGAGCACGGGCAGAGACUGUCUAAGGAAGCUGAUAGCUAAAUGGGGUCUCUCUGUUGUGUGGCUGCGAGACCACAUGGAUCGAAUGCAGCUAGCAGGGAUUGGUCUCUGGGUCCUCACGAGCCUUUCUGGCAUACAAAUACAAGCUUUUCACCACCACCAUCAAGAUGGGAUAUCCAGUUUCAAUCUGAUGGGUUGCCACAUGGUUGGCAUGAUGGUGUGCAACUGUAUGGGUCAUCUACAUCAUCUAAUAGUAAAGAAAGUCGCAGCUGGAUAAGGGGCAACAACCAUCUUUAUGCUCACACUUCUGCAUCUGAUGGUGCUGGGUUGUUUUUGAGUAGUCCAUCUGACAUCUCACAAGGCCCUCAAUGGACACCUCCAGCAAUUCAGGAAAUCAAUAUUGAUGGUCAUGAAACUUCAACCAAAAGGGAUCCUUCAUUGAGGACAUUUUCCUUUUGGCCUGCAGCAGAGGCUACCUCUGAAAAUCCAGACAGUGGGAGCUCUACUUUCUCACAUUCAGACAGUAGUGACGAGCCUACGGUCAAGUUACGCUCAGCCUCUAAUUGGAACUUCACGAGUCGUCGCUCUUUCAUGUCCAAACCUAUUCAUCCUCUGGUCAUUCCUAUGCAAAACUCGCCUGGAGAAGCUUUUGAAUCUACCAAUUUAGGGUUCCUUGAGUUUGAUUCUCCUACUCCCCAAAGAGACACCCAACAAUGGAGCAGUGCAAGUAGUAGCAUUGAUUUUGCUGAUGUGUCUGAGCCACUUGAAUCAGACAUCUAUUUUAGAUCAUCAUGUAAAUCUGAUGGUUUCAGAUGUGGUUUAUGUGAAAGAUUUCUUUCACAAAGAUCGCCAUGGAGUUCACGUCGCAUCGUGAGAAGUGCUGAUAUGCCAGUUGCUGGCGUUCUUUCAUGUCGACAUGUUUUUCAUGCUGAAUGCUUGGAUCAAACUACCCCAAAGAUACGUAAAAGUGACCCUCCUUGCCCACUUUGUUUGAAACAUGAGGAUGACCAUUCGCCCGAGCAACGAGCAAAUUCUAGAUUGAGGAAUGCAAAUUCCUUACCAAGGCCUAGACCCUCAACCAGUGAAGACGGUCCACCAAGGCCAUGGGGUUGUGCUCAGGUAGGGGACUGUGUUGAAGGUGCCUUACAUGCACCUCCACGAAAUUCGAUGCUUUUCGUUAACCGAAAUCGCGUAAAGAACCUUUCUUUCAAGGGAAAUUCAAGCAAAGAAUUUCCAGGAAAGUUGAGAAAAAGUGGCUCAUACUCUUCACGAUUGGUGAGUGGAAGACCAUUUGAUCAAGAAUUUGUUGGCUGUUCAAGAACUUCAGCUGGACCCAGCAUGAAACGAUGAUUGAAAUAUGUAGAUAGCCAUGAAAAUAGACGUUUCUAAGAACGUUUCUUUUCGAAUCAGCUUCCCCUGUAUUUUUGCUUGUUCAUUCCAAAUUCUUCAGCUGGCAACAUCUUAGCUUCUUUAGAGUAUUAGAUUUAUCUAUUGAUGUAUAGUUGAUUUGUGGUAUUUCAUGAUGAACAUAAACUAAAAAAUUAGGUUUUUUUUUUU